CGACAAGGGUGGAAAAAGUUCACUUAUUUUUUUCCCUUCAAUCACCCGUCGUGAUAAAUAUGAUCGAAUGUUUUUUUUUUUAAUGUUAAUCCCCUUUUGUUGAGUCCUUGCGGGGAGCCGCGGAAAUAACGGAUUCGUCGGGUUGUUUUGAUUUUUUCGGUUAAUUACACUUUGAAACCAUUUUUGGGACGCCCGGUUUGAAAAUUAUGGGACGGUGUUGUGAUCUUUGAGACCGAGAUGAACCCACCUUCGACACCGAGCCUCAGCUCGGAGCUCAAGGCUUUAAUCGAACAGAGAAACGUUCUCACUGGCCGUACAAAAUCCAGAGUGAUUAACGAUCUGAACAAGCAGAUCCAGCAGGAAUAUGAAAACAAGCAGGCUGGAUUGAAAGCAAAAGCAGUCGAGGAAAUCUUCACGUCGGAAGUUUCUUACUUAAACCAACUGGAAACGGCGAUGAAGUAUUUUAAAAGACCCCUGCUGGAAUCGAACCUGAAAAUGCCAGAAACUUUGAAGAACAUGUUCGACAAUCUAGAAUCGUUGUACAACGUGAACGGUGAAUUGCUGAACGAACUGAAAAAGCACGGAGAAAAUGUUUCCCAAGCGUUCAUUACAGUCGCACCAUUUUUCAAACUGUACUCAGUUUACGCUUACGACUAUAGGCAGAGUUUGGCGACAUUACAAGAACUUCCAAAAGUCAAUCCAAAGCUGGACGCUUUUAUUAAAAGACAAGAAGAAAGGCCUGAAGUCUCGAUGAAACUCGCUUCACUGUUGAUUGCGCCUAUUCAAAGGAUACCUCGCUACAGACUACUUUUGAAAGAACUUUUAAGUCACACACCGAAUACAAAUCCUCAAUAUAAUGUUAUUAUAGAGGCCAUUAAAAAUGUAGAAACAUCUACAGAACAUAUAAACAGUCUGGUUUAUGAACAUGAAAACAUGCAGCGCAUUAUUGAACUGCAGAAGAGUUUAUGCGGAGGCCGUCCUACUUUAGUUUACCCAGGAAGAAAAUUGCUCAAAGAAGGCAUUCUUAUGAAGGUUUCAAAGAAAGGAAGGAAGGCACAAAAAAGAUACUUUGUCCUGAUGAGCGAUGUUAUAAUGUACAGCAAAAUGACUGGUGCUCCUCUAGGAGAACCGAAUUCGUUGAGAUGCUCUUGUGUGCUUCCACUGAGAAAAUGCGUCGUUCAGCAUGUUCUAAGUGACAAAGUUUUCAAUAUCACAUGUCACACGUUUUCUUUGGUACUUUAUUCUGACGAGCCGUACGCUUCUGAAGCUUGGGUCACUUCAAUCCAGCAGGCUAUUCAGCAGGAGCAGCAAGAUAGGCAGACACUGUCAAAAAGGGUAAGUGCCAGGCAAGUCUUGCGCAAGAAAGAAUUGAAUAUAAUGACUGAUACGCUGACACCUAGAAAACGAAAACAAAGACAGGAGGAUAUCGAUGAUAUCAGUUUGCCCUUCCACAGCCCUUGGAAGAGAAAUAAACUAACUUCUUCGAGCUCAGUUGAUGUCACUCAAAAUGUACAGAAUGAAAAUGGCAUUAAAAGGCCUGGUUAUUUGUCUUCGAUUAAAAAGGCCUUGUCUAAUUUUGGACAGUCGAUACAGAAAUAUUGGUUGCCCAUAUAUACAGGAAGGGAAAACAUUGACAGAAGGCUAACAAAUUAAGACUAAAAUUUGUACUGAAUUUUAUUAGCAUAUUAACUCAUAAGAUCUCAGUGCUAGACAUAGCUUCUUUUUCUUUCUUUUUUUUUUUCUUUUUUUAUUAUAGUUUUACUUAUUAUUGUAAAAGAUCAAAAAGCAAAGAUACGCAUUUAUUGUUAUAGAUUUUAUCGCUAAUUGUUGUAUGUGUGCCAUAGCUUGUAACGCUUGAAAUUUGAGUUUUUAUAAAUAUCUGAAUGUUUGUCACCGCCUUGUACACAUUUUUUGACGAGAUUUAAAAAAUUUGUUCGUGCAAGGGCGUUUUGCUGUUAGCAUGUAACGAAAAGCAAGACUUCAUUAAUAAUGAUAAAUAUAUUACUGUUGUUAUAUUCCAAUGUUGUUAAAGUCAAUUUGUAAUGAUUUGUACUUUUUUAGGAUUUUUUAUAAUUUCCUUUUUAAAAUGUGCAUUAAAUUUAGAUU